CACUUCAAAUGUGAAAUCUGUGGUUAUGACCACUUUUGACGUUUUGCUGAUGUGUUUAUAAGUUCGUGUACACUUUUCAUCGAAAAAACAGAUUUUUGAUUGUGAAAAACAACUAGCAAUUUUCGCAAAAUGCCGCUUCGACUGGAUAUCAAGCGAAAAUUAACCGCCCGUUCUGAUAGGGUAAAAUGUGUAGAUCUACAUCCAACGGAGCCCUGGAUGUUAUGUUCGCUCUACAGUGGAGUGGUGAACCUUUUCAACCUUGACAAUCAGCAGCUGCUGAAAACCUUCGAAGUUUGCGACUUGCCAGUUCGAGCUUCCAAGUUUGUUCCUAGGAAGAACUGGAUAAUCACUGGUUCUGAUGAUAUGCAAAUCAGAGUGUUCAAUUAUAACACUCUGGAAAGGGUUCAUAAAUUUGAAGCUCAUUCUGAUUAUAUUCGAUGCAUUGUCAUACACCCGACACAGCCCUAUGUUCUGACGAGUAGUGAUGAUUUGUUCAUCAAACUAUGGAACUGGGAUAAGGCCUGGGCCUGUCAACAAAUAUUUGAGGGUCAUUCGCAUUACAUUAUGCAGAUUGCCAUAAAUCCGAAAGACAACAAUACAUUUGCCAGUGCAUCGCUGGAUCGAACAGUAAAAGUUUGGCAGUUAGGAUCCGCAACUGCAAAUUUCACUUUGGAAGGACACGAAAAAGGUGUAAAUUGCGUGGAUUACUAUCAUGGAGGUGAUAAGCCGUACAUCAUUUCCGGCGCUGAUGAUCGGCUAGUUAAGAUUUGGGAUUAUCAGAAUAAAACCUGUGUACAAACCUUGGAAGGACAUGGAGAAAAUGUUACCGCUGUCUGUUUUCAUCCUGAAUUACCUGUGGUUCUAACAGGCAGUGAAGAUGGUACUGUUCGGGUGUGGCAUGCGAAUACGCAUCGUUUGGAGAGCAGCUUAAACUAUGGCUUUGAAAGAGUGUGGGCAAUCACAUGCUUGAGGGGCUCCAACAAUGUGGCCAUAGGAUACGAUGAAGGAAGCAUUAUGGUGAAAGUAGGCAGAGAAGAACCAGCAGUCAGUAUGGAUGUUAAUGGAGGAAAAAUAAUAUGGGCUCGGCACUGCGAGUUGCAGCAGGCUAACUUGAAAGCCCUACCAGAAGGAGCUGAAAUCCGCGAUGGUGAAAAGCUUCCAGUAGCCACUAAAGAUAUGGGAGCGUGUGAAAUAUAUCCACAAUCAAUUCAACAUAAUCCUAACGGACGUUUUGUGGUUGUAUGUGGAGAUGGUGAAUAUAUUAUUUACACGGCAAUGGCUUUGAGAAAUAAAGCCUUUGGUAGCGCACAGGAGUUUGUUUGGGCUCAAGAUUCAAGUGAAUAUGCAAUAAGGGAAUCAGGUUCCACAAUUCGUAUUUUCAAAAAUUUCAAAGAAAAAAAGCAAUUUAAGUCAGAAUCGUCUGCUGAUGGUAUAUUUGGAGGCUAUUUGUUGGGAGUAAAAUCGGUGGCUGGACUUAGUUUUUAUGACUGGGAGUCUCUGGAGCUUGUAAGGCGCAUUGAGAUUCAUCCCAGAGCUGUUUAUUGGUCGGAUAGCGGAGCUUUGGUAUGUUUAGCCACUGAAGAUAGUUACUACAUAUUGUCUUUUGAUGGGGAGCAAGUGCAAAGGGCCAGAGAUAACAACGAAGUGGCUGAAGAUGGCAUCGAAUCUGCAUUUGAUGUUUUGGGCGAGAUUAAUGAGAGCGUCCGCACAGGAUUGUGGGUUGGCGAUUGCUUCAUCUAUACAAAUGCCGUAAAUAGAAUAAACUACUUUGUUGGUGGAGAAUUGGUUACGAUAGCGCAUUUAGACCGGCCUCUUUACGUAUUGGGUUAUAUUCCAAAAGAUGAUAGGCUUUACUUGGCCGACAAGGAAUUGGGAGUUGUUAGCUAUCAGCUUCUUCUAUCGGUUCUUGAAUAUCAAACCGCUGUAAUGCGUAAAGACUUUGCUACAGCCGAUCGAGUAUUGCCAUCCAUUCCUAAAGAACACCGAACGCGAGUGGCACAUUUUCUGGAAAAACAAGGGUUCAAACAACAAGCUUUGGCUGUUUCUUCAGAUCCGGACCAUAAAUUUGAACUGGCUAUCGCUUUAGAAGAUUUGAAUACUGCCAGAGUUCUCGCCGUUGAGGCAAACAACCAGCAAAAAUGGAGCCAACUAGGGGAAUUGGCUGCUAGUAACAAUAAUCUACAACUAGCCAAAGAGUGUAUGCAAAAAGCUCAAGACUACGGUGGUCUUCUUCUUCUAGCCACUAGUUCAGGAGACUUAGAUCUAGUCAAACAUUUAGCAGAUUUUACGUAUACCGAAGAGAAAUACAAUCUCUCAUUCUUAUCGUACUUAUUGGCCGGCGAUUUACAGAAAUGUUUGAGCAUUUUAAUAGAUACAGGACGGCUGCCAGAAGCCGCUUUCUUUGCCAGGUCAUAUAUGCCAGAUAAAAUCUCAGAGGUUGUCGAUCUUUGGAAGCAGAAACUGGCUCAAACGAAUGAAAAAGCUGCCCAGAGUUUGGCGGAUCCCAAGCAAUACGAAAAUCUAUUUCCAGGCUUGGCAGAAGCUGUAGCGGCCCAAAAAAUAUUUGAAAACAAAAAUUCAAUAGUUCCUGCCUCUCAGGCUCUAUCUGUGACUCCGAAUCACGAAAGAAACGUAAUCACAGAAUGUCAAUCGUCUUCUCUGGGUUUGGACACUGAUGCUGGAUUAUCGAAUGCACCAGAAAGCUCUAGUAACAUUAGCCAAAACAGACCUCCCGCACCUCAAAGCGAUGAUGAUGACGAUAUAGAUCUAGAUUUGGAUAGCGUCAACCUUGAUGAGAAUAUUGAUACCACGGAUAUAAACCUUGAUGAUGACCUUCUGAGCGAUUAAACAAGCUGCAAUUUUUAACAAUCAAUCUGUCUAGUAUUAUACACACUUUUAUAUUCUGUUCAUUCCUACGAAAUAAGAUUAAUUCUAUAGCCAGUUGUACCUUGUUUUAGAUGCUCUAAAUAGACUUCUGUGGUGCAAAGAUGGAAGCUUGUAAAAAUAUACAAUUAUGAAUAUUAUUUUAAAAUUCAAUUUAUUAAAAAAACGAAUUGUUUAAAGAGAGUAAACGUUGCCUUAAUAAAUUAUUUAAACGCA